AUGGCGACUUACGGUAAAAAGCGACGUGUUGAGGAGAAUCUAGACGUAGAAGGUCCACCAAAUAAAGACAAAGACAAUGAUUCGAGUCCAGAUGAAGACGAAGAGGGAUAUGAUGACGAUUCACCACAUGAAGAAUUUAAUGAGGAAAUCCAAGUUGAGUUCGAAGCUUUGCCACCGCAGGAGGACGACUUCCAUGGAAUCAAGAGAUUACUGCUGCAGCUUUUCUUGAAGAGCCAAGUUAAUUUAUCGGAGAUGACCAACUUGGUUUUGUCACAGAAUCAUGUUGGAAGCGUUCUCAAGCAAAGUGCGGAUCAGUUGGCUGAGGAGAGUGAUUCCAGUGAAGAUGAUGACAACAUCUAUGGCUUCAUCUCAGUCAUCAACAUCUCAGACAAAAGGGAUGAAAAUUGCAUCAAAAGUGUACGGAGUCUUCUGGAUGAGAGAUGUUCAAAAUGUGGAUCAGCCGCAGAGAGGGAGGAGUUACUUCGGAUCAUUGAUGACCCCAAGCACAGCGUAGGCCUCCUUCUUAACGAGAGGUUUAUUAAUAUUCCGCCUCAGCUAGCCCCGCCUCUUCACAAAAGCCUGCAAAAAGACCUUGAGUUAGCAUCAAGAAAGAACCCCAAGUUCAAACUUGACUACUUCCUGCUCAUCUGCAAGAGUUAUAGGGAGAACAGCUUGCCCACAAAGAGCAAGAAGAAGAAGAAGAAAGGGGCCCAGCAACAGAUGCAGAGUGAACUGAUGUUCACUAAUGCAGAAGAUGAAUACUUUCUUAAGGCUGCUGUACUAUCGUUCAACUACCCAGUCUCUGAGGAGAGUGACACUGCUUUAGCUGGUACCUGGUCUUUUGACGACACAGAACUAAAAACAUACAGGACUGUUAUGGUCAUACCUGCAUCUCACAUCUCAGAUGUUCUGUCACAAAUAGAAGAGAAUCUUACAGUCUGAAAAGCCCUGACAAAAAGGCCUGACAAACAGCUUAACAGAGAUCUCAAGAUUGGACUUUUAGUACUACAAGAGUUUUUCAAAUCUUUGUGUCGGUUGUGAAGUCCUUCAUCUGAAAUUGUGUGGAAAUCAACGACGGAACCUGGUUUUUUGAAGUUCAGUUGCCUUCAUUCAUAGAGUUAAUCCACAUGAAGUUUCUUAAUGCACAAAUCGAAAAUUAAAGAUUACUUUUGGAAAAGCCUGCAUUCAGACUUGUGCAUAGUUUUUAAAAUGUAAUUUUGUUGUUACGGAAAUACAGGCCUGAUACUUCAUUGCCUUGGUGCCCUUUAAAAUGUUGGUGCCCCAACUUUUUCCGCACUUGAAUGAGGACGCUACAAGAGCACCACGAAUUUAAAAGACAUUUCUUUGAGGUCAGUUACUGACUUAAUCUCUGUAAUAGGACUAUUUGUUAAGAGCAAACAGUUAGGCAAAUUUCUAUCAGAACAAUCAUUUGGUAUUAAGACUUGAUUCGGGGACAAACAGUGAUCGUCUCUAGUGUUGCUUCAGUGAAGUAUCAGGCCAAGAUUCUAUAAUGAACAUGUAGUCAACUUGUUUAAGGUGUAUAACUGACAAUUUAUAAAUAAAUAAAAACAUACAUAAAGUAAAGUUAUUUUGUUCAGUGCCAUCUCUAUUUGGUUUAAUUCUACAAAGCUCAGUUUUAAUAUAAGGGAAAAACCAUAUUUACACAGUAUUGAAAGGUGGCCAUAACAGACCAUUGAAUUAGUAGCCAACCUGGGUACAAAAGCAUGGGGGUGUAUAUAUUCACCCAUCAGUCGCCCAACUGGCUACCUCAUUAGGGAUAGGGUUACCUGCCAAGGGGCAAUUUCGUACAGCUGCACUGGUUACCUGCCAAUGGGCAAUUUCGUACAGCUGCACUGGUUACCUGCCAAUGGGCAAUUUCGUACAGCUGCACUGGUUACCGGCCAAAUAACUAUGUGAUGUAUUUAUCACUUCUGAUUGGUGUCAAAUUAUGUCUAUGAAAUGUAUUUUGAUGAGCAAUUGGUUUUGUGAAGUGGAUCAGUGAAAUGUUGCCAUAAAAUUUGUUACAUGAACCAUUAUCAUAAUGCAAACCACAAUAAAUAUAUUUGAAACACUUGUUUUCAGCUGAGGCUUAUGCUUGGGCUCUAUCUGACUGUUUUAAGUCCCAUUUGAAGCCAUAGCCAAAGUUGUGAUUUCUAAAAAGGUGCCAAUAAGAAUGAACAGUCGACGUUAAUUUUAAACUUGUAAAUUUUGCAACAAUAAUAAAUAGUAUUACAUGUACUUGGUUUUAACCCUAUUUUAACUGCCUCUGGAUAGCUCGGUGAUCUAGUGAUACAAGAUAUCUGCUCUUAAAUGACAAUGGCUGUGGGUUCGAAUCCCACCCAAGCUAUAUUGCCUGUGGAUGUUGUUUCCACAGAACUCUGGAAAGUACCGGGUAUACAGGGCUUAAUACAAAUUGGUGUAAGGGUAAAAAACACCUAAAUAUUCAAUAGGCAUUUGAGAUAUAGAAGCCCG